CGACAGGUAAACACACAAAUAAAAAAUUCAAAUAUUCAAAGGAUUUACUUAAAAAAGACAUCUUAUUAAUUGUUGUUCACAUUUCUUUCCUCAAUAUGGCUGGUUCAAUAGACAUUAAACCUGUGAAUGUAUCUGGGCGAACAAUAUCAUUGUAUCGUAAUGGAUUCAGUAGCCCAUCACAACUUUGUAGUCCUGCACCAGUUCGUUCAGGUAAAACUCCAAUCUCACCUGAUCCAAUAUCAGAAACAUGUUCGCCAGUAAGUCCUGAGUGUAGUGAUGAAGAGAAUCGUCGGUUUGUUAUAGGAGAUGUAAAUAUUUUACGACGACGUCACAGUAAACGUAGACCUCACUUAAAUGUUCAAUCUACUAACUGUAAUACUACCAUUACUACUACUUCUGAGUUAUUGAAUAACUCAUCGAGUUGUGAACGUGCAGAAAAUUCACAAAGGUCAAUCAGGCAUUCAAAUUCAUUAAAUGUGGAAUUUGUAUAUCGUAAAGAAUGUGAUCUUUCUAAUGGACGUUUACCUCGAUUUAUUCGAAUUGAACAAGAUAAAGAAGAUGACGAAUUUCUAUCACGUAUGCACGCCAGACCAUUAAGCAUUGCUGUGGAUGCUAUUUCACAACUUGAUCUAUAUACAGCAAAACUUACGGAUGAUUAUUCCACAAGUGCACUUCGACCAUACUCAACGUUUUACAUUGAUGAUAAUGAAUAUGACCACGAAAAACAAACUACUUCUUUAGGUGAAAGCAAAAUAUCGUACUCUAAUAACAUCAGUAAUAAUGAUUCUCCUAAUUUACAUACUGCAACAAACGAGAUCAUAUUUGUCAAAUCAAAUGGAAUAUCAUCUUCAGAGCAUUCAGAUGUAACAAAUAAUAAUGGUGUUGAAAUCGAUAACUCCCAACACACGCGUAAUAAAGGUUUAAAUAGAGAUCCAUUUCAUCCAGGUGCCCCAGACGUUGAAAAUUCACUUCACCUACCUGAUGAAAUUAAUGAAUUAAAUUCCGAAGGACUAGUCCGUAUUUCCAUCAGACCUGACAGUCAUGGACGAUUUGGAUUCAACGUAAAAGGUGGGAUUGAUCAUGGAAUGCCGAUUAUAGUUAGCCGUGUCGGUGCUAAUAUGCCUGCUGACCUAUGCAUUCCCAGACUUUCAGAGGGUGAUCAAAUCUUAUUCAUCAAUCAUAAAGAUGUUUCAAACCAGACCCAUUUACAGGUUGUAAAUAUGAUACGUGCUGCAAGUGAACAAAAUUAUGGUACACUUGAGCUUUUAGUUAAACCAAGUGAUUAUGUUACAGAUGAUGUAAAUGAUGACAAUCCUAUCCCAGAUUCUGGAGAUGCUCCUCCAGUUCCACCUAGAUCUUAUAACUCAUCUAUCCGUCGACCAACACUUUCUUUAGAGAAAUUUGCAAGAAAUUCGAAACGUUUAACACGUUUUUCACUUAAAUCAUCAUCAUCUAAUAAUGCAAUGGAUCGAGAUCAUAACAAUAGUACCGUACAUAGAUAUUCUUUUUCUGGUUCCACAUUAUUAGAUUCAAUGAUAGAAUUAGAAAGUCAUCUAGCUGAUGGAUCAUUGUUAAAUCAAUUCGAACAUCUGCCUAGAAGAAAAUCUGGUCUCACAAUGAAUGUGUCUCGUUUAAGCGAGAAUUCAAUAAAAAAUCGUUAUCGUGAUAUUUCACCAUAUGAUCAAACUCGUGUCAUAUUAAAACAAGGAUCUGGAGAUUAUAUCAAUGCUAGUUUUGUAAAUAUGGAAUUUCCAAAAUGUGGAGUAAAUCUUCGUUAUAUUGCAGCUCAAGGCCCAUUACCAAAUACUUAUGGUGAUUUUUGGCAAAUGUGCUGGGAACAACAAGUUUGUUUAAUCGUUAUGUUGACAGCUAUAAGUGAACGUGGUCGAGCAAAGUGUCAUCAGUAUUGGCCAGAUCUCAAUCAUACAGUAAACUUUUCCGUUUCUUCAAGUCCCAGGAUUUCACAGUCCCGUAGUUCAACAGAUCUACAAUUAAAAACUGUACGAGAGGAGAUCAUUACUGAUAUUGCAUAUCGGGAAUUCGAUAUUAGUCAAAUUCCUUCACAUCGUGCCUCUUUGCAAUCAGUGUUAAGGAAACAAACAGAAACACGUCGUAUUUCACAACUUCAAUAUAUUAGUUGGCCAGAUCAUGGUGUACCAAAUGAUACUGAUCAACUUAUAUCAUUUGUAGAACAAGUUCAACGAAUUCGUGGCAAAAAUCAAACACCAAUAGUUGUACAUUGUUCUGCCGGUAUUGGUCGAACCGGUGUACUAAUUGCUAUUGAAACAUCAAUUAAUUUAAUGGAAUGUAAUUAUCCAGUUAAACCUUUAGAGUUAGUUCAACGAAUGCGUGAACACAGAGCUAUGCUUAUUCAAACCACUGGUCAAUUUCAAUUUGUAUGUGAAACUAUUCUCAAGGUCUUUCAUCGCAACCAUGCUGAAAAUUUGCUCAAGGAUUCCACUGCUAUAACAAGCCAAUCUUGAUAAAUGAUUUGUAGAAAACAAAAAUAAUUUCAAUCAAUUCAAACAAUGAAAUGAGAAAUUUUCUACACAUCAACAUUUGAAAAUCCCAUCAUUGAUAUCUAUUCUCACUUUAAAAAUUCAAUUGUCUAUAACUACUUGUUAAUACUGUAUAUUAUUAUCAGUGAUCUUUAGUUUUAAUUAUUUGUUCAGAAGACAAAUGGUUUCUUUGUCUGUUUCCAACUUUUAUCAUAUAUAUAUAUAUAUAUAUAUAUAUAUAUAUAUAUAUAUUUGUUCAAUAUUUAUAUCCAGUUAACGUUGCGUUUAUUUGGCAAAUGAAUAUCGCAUUCCUGUCCAAUCAUUAUAAUAGAUUUGUUUUUCUAUUCUAUUGUUUCAGUGAACAAAAUAUUUUUCAGCUUUUUCUUUUACCACAAUUUCGGUGAUAAAAAUAAUGCAUUCUUAGACAAUCUAUUGAAUUUAAUUAACUUAAUUGUGUUUCGGUUCUGUAUAAUCUACUAUGUGAUAUUGAUUUACAUUUUCUUUUCCUUAUAAACUAUUGAUACCUUAAGUUUUAUUACAUAUCUUUGUAAUUAACAAAUCCUAUAAUCCACUUAUUAGUUAAUCAUGUCUAUUGUUUGCCAUCAUAUUGACAACAGAUUAUUGAUUGAUAUUGUUAUUGUCUGUUGUUCCUUAGCUGGUUAUGUCUAAAGCAAAAGUCUGUAAGCAUACAAAGUUGAUGAUAGAGUGAUAUGCAUUUUUUUCCCCAAGUAUCAACUUUUUUUUAAUAAUUUUAGAUAUCUUUUGUCUAAAAUUUCAUUUAACUGAUUAAUCUUUUAGUUGACUUGUAAUUAACAGGAGAGACUAGACAAUGAAUCGCUUCUUCAUUUUAUUCAUUCCUUUGGAUCACCUUUAUCAAACGCCCUAUUGCCACCUCGCUUUACAUUUGUAUGAGGAGGAGAAAUUAGUUGUUCCAUUUACGAUGAAUUAUAAUUUCAAUUACAAAUGAAUACCUUAUUGAUUUUUUUUCAUAGGUUUCGGUGUUUUUUCGCUGUUUCUUUUUU